AUGUCACAGAAUGGAUCUAAAAACCUGAAAUUGGUCCCCCAAAAAACGGAGGCAGUUGUACUUCUUGCUGGAAGAAAGGUUAAAAGCAUUUCAGUUACAGUGGAAAGCAUAACAACUCAAAGUCAGGAAGUAGUCAGAUAUUUAGGUAUAAAACUAGAUAGGAACAUGUCCAUGCGGGCCCACGCUAGAGCCGUAACAGAAAAAGGCAACAAGGCCUUGAACAACAUCAGUCGCCUUUUACCAAAAGUGAAUGGACCUCUUGAAAACACCAGGGCGAUAUUAUGCUCCGUAGUGACUUCAAUACUACCAUAUGGUGCCUCAAUAUCGGAACAAGUGAUUGAGAAGAAAGUCUAUAAAAGGAUACUGAGUAGCGUUCGAAGGAAGGUAGCCAUAAGAGUAUCCGGAGCAGACAGAACAAACUCCAAAAAGGCACUUAUAGUGAUAGCUAGGAUCCCCCCUACUAAUCUCCUAGUUAAGUGCAGAGCCCGUAUACAGAAAGAUGGACCAGAGACUAAAAAGGAAGCACAAAACACGUUGAUGUUAUGCUGGCAAGAGGAAUGGGACAGAGAUGAUGGUACAGCGGAAUGGAUUGACCAGCUAGGUAACGGGGACGUUCUUCUCGCCGUUAAGUGCUCGAUGCUAUCGGGCGAUUGGGUCCGAUCAAAAACGGACCCCAUACCAAGAGCCAGGCCUGCCAUGGGUCUCUAG